AUGCUAGCGUCGCCCAACGGUCAAGCAGAGAAGGACCAUCCAGACAACCUCUCGUUAGCCGGAGAUGGUUUCGACACGGUGGUUAGGGCAAAGGCGGCCGUGGACAACGACCCGAGGUGUCGGAAUCGGGUUUCGUGUGCCGAUAUAUUAGCAUUGGCCACUAGGGAUGUUGUCAACAUGACUGGAGGACCGUCUUACACAGUCGAACUAGGAAGACGAGACGGGAGAAUUUCGACUGCGGCAAGCGUCCAGCGAAGGCUUCCAGGGCCAGGCUUCAAUUUGGACCAGCUUAGUACCAUGUUUUCUAGAAAUGGUCUCACCAUCACUGAUUUGGUUGCUUUAUCAGGCGCGCACACAUUGGGCUUCUCCCACUGCAGCCGGUUCUCGAACCGAAUCUUCCCGGCGAGCAGGACCGACCCGACCCUGAACCCGCAGUACGCCGCGCAGCUGCGGCAGAUGUGCCCGGUCAACGUCGACCCGCGGGUCGCGAUCAACAUGGACCCGACCACCCCCAACACCUUCGACAACGCCUACUUCCGGAAUCUCCAGUCGGGUCGGGGCCUCUUCAGCUCCGACGAGGUGCUAUUCACGGACAACCGGACCCGGGCCACCGUCAACACCUUCGCUGCCAGCAACGGGGCGUUUUUCGGGGCGUUCGCCCAGGCCAUGACCCGGCUGGGUCGGGUCGGGGUGCUCACCGGGACCCAGGGCGAGAUUAGGAUGGAUUGUACCCGGCCCAAUUGAUUGAUUCAAGGACUUAUUCC